GGGACAGGAAGCUCCAAGUGGAAGCUCUUUGCGAGUUGAAGGUUUUGACGUCGAUAAGGCUGGUGCAAAAGUUCAGGUGGGUUACGACGCAGCAACGCCUUCUUUUUCCUCGUCCUCCGGAAAGCCAAAUAAAUGCGGACAACAUGAUUCCCCUGACAUUGGCGCUGCCCCUGCCUUGUUCCACCGGUCUCCUGGUGGUGCCGCCGAGAUGCGCACCACGAGUCCAGACGAAGAGCUGCGGCGCAUUUCACAGCGAGGAGCACUAGCUGCUUCCGGAGAGGAACUAGCUGCCUUUGCUGCAACGAAGUCUGGUGCGAUGGAAGUGGUUUCACGGGGGAAAGAACUGUCGAACAACGCUGCAGACCAAACGCCGCUGCUGCGCCAGGCGACGUCACAUGGGAAAUCCGAGACGGACGAGGUAGCGACGAGUGCUGUGGUUGCGGAGGAUGAAGAAGGAGCGUCUUGUAUGCAAGAUACAGUUCUCACGCCAGCAGGCAGCUCGAUUACUUCCCCGCCUCAUCUCCCGCAAUUUUUAUCUCCGGAAGAUCCGGCAGGUCAAGAAGGCUCCCCCACCUCUGGAGGUGGAGGUCCAGCGGAGAUGGAAAAUAAUCAAUUCGCGGAAAUAAAUCUCCUCCGCCUCACCUCCGCCAUUCGGGAAAACGCGCGGCAGCGGGUGGAGAGGGAAUUCCUGGUGGAAGAUUUGCUGCACCAUGCGGCGACGAGAAGGAAUGGAUAUGAAACAAAAAGAAGGCAGGGUGUAAAAAUAUCGGCACAAAGCGAGGACAAAAAGGUCCAAUUACAACACGAAGGAACGAAGCCGCCGACUUUGCUGCACGACAGCGAGAAUGCGCGGACUCUCCUUCCUAUCGUCGCGCUUCUCGAGGCGUUGCACUCCUUGCAGGCGCUGGACUGCGGGCUGUUUUUGGCGAUUCUAAAACGCGUGAGGCCGCUGCUGGUUGUUGAGCCGUCGAGGGCGGUGGGAGACGAGGUAGAAUCUUCAGCAGCAUGUUUCUCUACUUCGUCUUCACGAGCGGCUGAACGAUCAGAAGAAGAACAACUGGCAUCCAGUGGAAGUAGUGUGCCAUCAAAGACUAGCGCAGGAGCAAGCGAUAAAAACGAAGUUGAUGUAGCGGACAACUAUGAAGAUUGUAGCAGCAGCGGGGAGGCGGGGGCCGAUGGCGAAGAUGAUCAUAGGUCCAAGAACCUCCAUGCGAGAGCCGCGAGAUUGACAUCUUCAGCCUCUGCAAGCAAGCGUUCUAGGAACGAUAAGAAGAGGAAGAUGAAGAGCAUCAAAGCGCGUUACGUGUACACGCGGAAUCGAAAGUUGGAGCGGAAGGAGUAUUUGAAACGAGAGUACGAGAAGCAUGUUCUGGCGAAACAGAAGGACGCACUGACCAGCUUUCAAAGAUUUUUCCUUAUCGGAAUGCAGUAUGUGUACUACUAUCCUAGGCACGACGACCUCCACGUGGCGGACGCGGACGUCGGUAAAAAUAUUGGAACGAAUGAAAAUAAGAAUCAUUAUCUUCACGCACGACACGGCAACCUAAACUUUUAUGCUCGACAUCUGGGGUUGAAAUUGAAAACAUCGCAAGAUCAGUGUCACGAGGCAAAAAUGACAGCGCAAAUUGAAGACGCCAGACACGUUCUACACAACCUGUUUUACGAACGGUGCAUAGGGGACGAGGGAGUUUCGACGUAUAGGGAAGGGAGGAAGGGGCGGGGGGCGACAUUUGUUUCGCAGAACAAGGAACUACGUGUUGAAGCCGGCGAAUCAUGCGAACAAGUAGCGAUGAAUGAAAACGAUAACGAAGUUGCUCUUCUUGAAGAUGAAGUGGCAAGAACACCGAACAGGAGCCCCGAUCUUUCGGCACUCGCCGGCGCUCCAGUAGCCACCUCCGGUCAGCAGCACAGUGUCAGAAACCUGAUUGCCUUUGCGAGUCGCUUGAUAUCAUCUCAAGUAGGUGCCUCUUCGCGCAGGCCUUUGGAAGUAGCAGUGCCGUCUUCGACUUGGUCCGCAAACACAAGACUAUCAGCUGCUGCGUCGCUAAGCGCAACAGCGCCUCUGCCCAUCUGGAUAACAAAUCUCUUGCUCCAGGUGAGUCGCCAGAUCCCGCAGGAAAAAAGAUUUUCGAAGAAGAACACAGCAAGUGAAGACGCAAAGAUGAGAACUACUGCGGCAAGAACCGAGUCCAGGGAUGAAUGCGAGAAGCUUUGCCUUUCUCUCGAACAAGACCCGGACACAGACGCGCAAGCGCGAUUCAUAAAACAACUAACCCAAUGCCUGUUUUACUUUGAAGUUUACGGCGAAAGAAGUAGAAGCGAUAGCAGUUCUGGUUCUCAUGAGGCUUGUUCAGUUUCUGUUUCUCAUGCGCCGUCUCCAGCACGACGAGAUGAAAAUCUCGACCACAAGGACCACGAUGAUUCUGCAGCACAAGUAGCACAAAUGAUCCGGAAGACCUGUCUGCCGUUUCUGAUCGAGUUGCAAUCUGAAUUGUUGACGGCGGCAACAGUCGGGAAACGCGAGUUUCUGCACAAGCCCGCCUACUCCUACCCCAUGAAAGACACCGUCGUGAUGAUUCUGAAGCUGAUCCGGCUGUACAACUCGUCCGGUUCGUUUUCUUGCAACUCUACUACUUGUGCUGAUGAAGCUGAAGGUGAAAAAGUAGGGCCAAGCGACACUUUUUUCUCCACGAUCGCUGAUGAGUAUUUACGUUCAACCUCCGUCUUCUGCGGGGAGCAGGAAAAGAAGAAGUUUUUUCAGCCACCCACGAGGGGAAAUGACAUUGAAAUAGCGGGUAGUGGUACUAGUAGUGCAACAUCACCUACAGAACUCAAAAAUCUACUGCCUCAGCAGAACCACAAAACCGGCGGCGAGGAAAGCGAGAACGGCAACACCGGCGCGUCUUUAUUGCGACGUGAAGAUCAUCAUGCAGCCAGGUUCUUGUACAACUACGAUGCUUUGUCACAAGAAGAAUUCAAUGCGCUGAUGCUGGGCGAGAAUGGAAUCGAGGAGGAAAAGAAGAACCAGACCGCGUGGGAGAGUCAUGAGCAUGUUGCUUUUUCUUCCCCUAGUACGUCGACCCGUGCAGAACGUUACUCCUUCAAUACACCUAAUGAGAGUUGUAAUUUUAUCAUGAGCGAGGGAGUACCAAUACUACAUCAAAUUCAAAGCCAAGAAACUCAAACAGCCAGGGCGCACUUGUGAAAUAAAACAGUCCUGUGAUUCUUCUACUUAUCGACGAAAAUAGUGAAAGCUCUGCACGUCGUGCACAACAAGACGGUGGCCGAUCUGAAAUGUUGACGGACACGGAGCUUUCAGCUUUAUUGUAUGCUUAUGCU